CGGACAUUGAAUUGUUCGGCCGUAGGCGCUUGUUUCUGAUCGCCAACGUCCGUCUCCGUCCGUUGAGCCGCUUAGAGUAGCGUUAUUUGGUUGCUUUGUCUCUAAUUACCUUAGCCGGAGCUGUCAUUAUCGCUGGGAAGGGGGGGCUGACAUCCCAACCAUUCUGCAUACUUGCUAAUCUAUAUUUAAAGCCUAUUCCUCCCCUUCCCUCCUUUCAAACCAUACUGUGCUUAAUCUUGAUUCUUGAAAACAUUGCCAUCGCUCAUCUCUUGUUGCAAUACACUAAACCUAAAACCUUAUCUGGUCUUAUCCGGUAGCAACUACACGUCUUCAGACUUAUCACACAACAAGCCUCUCACAAUGCCUUACGUAUCUGCUGCUCGCUAUGGCAAGGACAAUGUCCGCGUCUGCAAGGUUGAUCGCGAUGCCUCUACUGGCAUCCAGACCGUCACUGAGAUGACCGUCUGCUGUCUUCUCGAGGGAGAGAUUGAGACCUCCUACACCAAGGCCGAUAACAGUGUUGUCGUUGCCACCGACUCUAUCAAGAACACCAUCUACAUUACCGCCAAGCAGAACCCUGUCAACCCUCCUGAGUUGUACGCCUCUAUCCUCGGUAGCCACUUCAUCGAGAAGUACAGCCACAUUCAUGUUGCCAACGUCAACGUCAAGACUGUUCGCUGGCAGCGUCUGAAGGUUGAUGGCAAGCCUCACCCUCACAGCUUUUUCAAGGAUGGUGAGGAGACCCGAAAUGUGGAGGUUCGCGUGAGCCGACAGGAAGGCAUCCAGAUCAAGAGCUCUCUUGUUGGCUUGACUGUACUUAAGAGCACCGGUUCUGCUUUCCACGGCUUUGUUCGCGAUGAGUACACAACUCUUCCUGAGACCUGGGAUCGUAUCUUCUCAACCGAUGUUGAUGCUACAUGGAAGUGGAAGAAGUUUGACUCACUGAACGCUGUCAAGGCCUUUGCUCCCAAAUUCGACAGUGCUCGAGAGGCGGCACGCAACACCACCCUCAAGAUCUUUGCCGAGGACGACAGUGCUAGUGUGCAAGCCACCAUGUACAAGAUGUCUACUCAGAUUCUCGAGCUUGUGCCCGAGAUUGCGACAGUCACUUACGCACUGCCCAACAAACAUUACUUCGAGAUUGACCUGAGCUGGCACAAGGGACUCAAGAACACAGGCAAGGAUGCUGAGGUUUAUGCGCCCCAGUCUGGCCCCAAUGGUCUUAUCAAGUGCGAAGUGUCUCGUGACAACUUGCAAUCAAAGCUAUAAAGGGGCGUUGAGAAUGGUUGUAUUCUGCGGCGAUAGAUGUCAAGAUGGAACGUUAUUAUGAACCCAGGAUAAAGAUUGAUACCAAGCGAUGAACUUAGAUUCUAGCACUAGAUAUGAUUUUAGUAAUUAUGUUAAUUUUGCUACCUUUCUGCCUGUCCUGAUUGUAUUGUGUUGAAACCUGUACUGUGGUAUUCCCUCACUCAUACCUUUUUUACGAUAAUAUCCAUGACCGUGAACCGUAGGGGCAUAAUCAGGGUAAAUGUCACUGGCAGAACGUAAACCAGACCCAGUGUCUUUGUACAGCAGGUGAAAUGCACACCGGACACAUCACAUCAUGAAAACGUUGAUAAUUGCUUGGUGCUAGGUCAUAAUAUGCCCAAGAUAUUGGUACAAAUAGUACAAGGACUCUCAUAGCCCAUCCGCAUAGUCUUUACUGCGCAGCUCCCUCGUUCCAUAGCUACUCCCGUGAUUUCUUAUAAUCGCUUCUUAUCGCCAUUUCGGACCCUUUCGGUGGCCUUCUCCCAACCUUCCUCUCCCACUGGUACACCAGCAAACCGUAUCAAGUUAUCCUUGUACGGAUGAGCAUCGCCCUCAAACGCCUUAAGUCUUGCCAAUCGCUUGUCUCGUAAUCGGUUCUUGGGCAACAUGCCACGCACAGCCUUGCGCAGAACCUCACUGCCUCCGUGCGCCUCCAUGAGUGCGUCCAUUGUUAUGGACUUGAGGCUGCCAGGUCGUGUCGUGUGUCGGUAGUAAGGCUUUUGCCACUUCUUGCGGCCGGUUGUGUAAAGAGCGGCGCAGUUGGUCACGACAACGUAGUCACCGCAAUCGGUUGAUGGGUCGAAAAUCGGCUUGUGCUUGCCCAUGAGAAGAACGGCGAUGCGGGAUGCGAGACGGCCGAGUGAAGGUGGUGUAACGCCGGGCUGAGUAGAGAGUGUGGCAUGAGGGGCGGAGGCAGAUACACUAUGCCAUACUCGAGAGUAGGCCAGUUUUGUCUAUUUGAUAUUGGUUAGACAAGAGAAAGAUUUGAGGAUAUUCAUCUUAUCAGCUCACCAGACCGAGGACUUGCGACAUCU